CUUAAAAUGUUCAAAUUGAGACUGAUUUUGAUGCUGCUUAUAAGUACUAUUGGACAUUAAGAUGAAUUUUUAUCUCAGCAACUGUCUUAUUUCAUCUUAAGCUUCUCUUUUUCUUCUCUCAAACAAAUCUCGUGUGAAGGAGUGUGAAAAUGGGAGAAGAAGUUAAAACAACCGACUUCGAAAAAGUGAUCGAAGAAUUUGAGAGAAUAACAAAAAAUGCUGAGAAUGUUCAAAAGGAGAUACUGAGAAAGAUUCUGGAAGAAAAUGCAUCAACUGAAUAUUUGCAGAAAUUAGGUCUGAAUGGAAGAACUGAUCCUGAAAGUUUCAAGGCUUGUGUUCCACUGGUCCUUUACAAUGAUUUGGAGCCUUAUAUCGAAAGAAUGAUUGAUGGUGAUUUUUCUCCUAUUCUCACUGGAAAACCAAUCACAAUCAUGUCUGCAAGUUCAGGUACUAGUCAAGGAAAACAAAAAUAUAUUCCAUGGAAUGAUGAAGUGUUCGAAACCUCAGUGGAUAUAUAUCAAACCUCUUUUGCCUAUAGAAAUAGGGAGUUUCCUAUCCAAGAUGGAAAGGCUUUAAACUUUAUCUACAGCAGCAAUUUUACACAAAGAAAAGGGGGUGUGAUAUAUGGAUCAGCCACAGGACAUUUAUUCAAAAGUCCUGGAUUCAAGCCUUUAUUGCAAGCUCUAAAAUCUCCAAGCUGUAGUCCAGAUGGUGUAAUUUUCAGUCCUGAUUUUCACCAAUCACUCUACUGUCACCUCUUAUGCGGACUACUUUUCAGAGAAGAAAUUCACUCGAUUGCAUCGACAUUUGGACACAGCAUCGUCUUUGCUUUCAGAUCAUUCGAACAAGACUGGGAAGAACUUGUGAAUGAUAUCAAAGAAGGUGUUCUUAGCAGCAGAAUCACUGUUCCGUCCAUUAGAGAUGCUAUGUCCAAAUUGCUGAAACCAAAUCCUGAACUAGCUGACUUGAUCCACAAGAAAUGCACAGGAUUAAGCAAUUGGUACGGAUUGUUACCCGAGCUUUUUCCGAAUGUUAAGUAUAUUCAAGGGAUCAUGACAGGUUCAAUGGAGACUUAUUUGAACAAAUUGAGACACUAUGCUGGAGAAGUUCCCGUGUUGACCUCCGAGUACGGCGCUUCUGAAGGAUGGAUUGGUUCAAAUGUGAACCCUAAAGUCGCUCCUGAGUUUGCUACUUAUGCCGUUCUUCCUCAAAUUGCAUACUUUGAAUUCAUUCCAAUCGCGCAACUUGAUGGAACACAGGUAGAACUUGAUCCGGUCGGUUUAACCGAUGUGAAAAUCGGUGAGGAGUAUGAGAUCGUUAUCACGAAUGCUGCAGGUUUAUACAGGUAUAGGCUAGGAGAUGUGGUGAAGGUUAUGGGAUUCCAUAACUCAACUCCGGAAAUCAAGUUUAUCCGCCGGGGUGGUCUUUUGCUUACAAUCAACAUUGACAAGGUUACUGAGACUGAUUUACAAUUAUCAGUAGAAACUGCAUCCAAGUUUUUAGAUGAGGAGAAAAUAGAGCUGAUUGAUUACACUAGCUACAUUGAUUUAUCCAAAGAGCCAGGACACUAUGUCAUAUUCUGGGAAAUUAGAGGUGAAGCAAGUGAUGGAGUGCUUGCUGAGUGUUGUAACUGUUUGGACAAGACAUUUAUUGAUCGUGGCUAUGUUAUUUCUAGAAACACCAAAGCUAUUGAUGAUCUUGAACUCCGAAUUGUUGGGAAAGGAACAUUCCAGAAGCUUCUAGAGAAUCAUAUUCAAAGAGGUGCCUCUGUGAGUCAGUUCAAGACACCUAGGUAUGUUGGUCCAACAAACACCAAAGUGUUGCAAAUUUUGUCGGAAAAUGUUGUCAAGAGCUAUGUUAGUACUGCUUACAAUUGAGUUGUUUUCAAUUAAAGAUGGAUAAAAUUAGCAUUCUAAUAAGUGGUUUCAUCAUAUAGAUGUUUGGUGAGGUGUUGUAAGAAAAAAAGUAUAGCAAAGUGAUGUCAUGGUAAAAUCUGAUUGAGUAACUUUGUAAUAUAAUCUUACAAUACUAAUGUGUAGUCUUUAAAUAUUUUUACUUUUUUAA